GGGAGGGACUGCAGUAAAACAAACACGUGAUCGUUAUUUACAGUGUUAUUAUCUGCUGUAACUGAGAUUAAGGGAAUGUGUGAUGGACUGUGAGCCGCUCCGAAAGCGCCAGAAGCUGCAGGAGUCUCUUCACGAAGGAAGGACCGAAGAUGCGGAGAAAACACAGAAAGCAGCUCCUGAAGCUUCAUCUGAACUCCGGAGGAAGCGACAGACCAAAAGCAGCCGGACUCUGGAGGACUGGCUGCUAAAGAAGCCCAGCGUGACCCAGAGCUGCUCUCAUCCCGAACCCGAGCAGAACCCACAGAACCGGGAGACCGCGGAUCUGAUCCCCGCUCCUCCGCGAACCGCAGCCGCGUCUGACGGAGAGCAAAGCCCGUUAACCUCCGCGAACGAACCCAGACGCGCCGCUCCAGAACCUGCCGCGAACACAGCGACGCGCAGAAUCACGCACUUCUUCACGACAGCGCCGCGCGGAGGAAGGGCAGACGCUGCAGCAGGGGCUGAUGGGAAGGCGUUCGUACCUAGUAUUUCUCUGAGUGACCUGAGGAGGGCGCCGGCGUGCAGCGGCCCGUUACCGGCCCUGAAGGCCACCGACAGCCACACGGUUCUGAUCCGGACUGAUCUGUUGCAGCCCGGAGAAGCUUCAGAGCCACAUCCUUCUCCAGAUCAGCUGCAGGACUGCUGGGACGACACACACGUCAAACUACCCUGCUCCAAGCAGAACCUGUUCCCCGCGGACCGCACGACUCUCCAGAGCCGAUGGGAUUUGAUCAAUAAAGCGCUGAGUGUCCCGUUCAGUUCUUCUCAUGAUGUGAAGGAUGCCAUAUUGACAUAUAAUACGGGCCAAGCGAAGGGAUGGAACUUCACAGCACUGCAUUCGUUCUGUAAGGGUCUGCAGGCGUCUGAAGUGCAGCAGAUGUUUGGAGAGCUGCUUCCAGCGAUGGCACAGCUGGCACUGAGAGCGCCGCGUCUCCUCACGCAGCCGAUCCCGCUCUUGAGGACGCGGUGCUGUCGAUCCCUCACGCUGUCUCAGGAGCAGGUCUCCUGUCUGCUGGCCAACGCCUUCUUCUGCACCUUUCCUCGAAGAAACUCUCAGCGGACGGAGUACAGCAACUAUCCUGACAUCAACUUCAGCAGGUUGUUUGACGGUUCGUCCCGGGCAAAGCAGGAGAAACUCAAAACCCUCCUGUGGUACUUCAGGCGGGUCACGCAGAAGAGGCCGACCGGUCUCAUAACGUACACCAGACAGUGUCUGCAGCGUCUGCCCUCCUGGCCGAGUUCAGAAAAGCAGUUCAGCAAGCUUUACAUCAGCUGUGAGGGAUGCAUAGAGGACCAGGGCUACGGCAUGCUGCAGGUGGACUUUGCCAACCGGUUCGUUGGGGGGGGAGUGACUGGUUCUGGACUGGUUCAGGAGGAAAUCCGGUUCCUGAUAAACCCGGAGCUCAUCGCCGCUCGGCUCUUCACUGAAGCACUGGAAGAUAACGAGUGUCUGAUUGUCACAGGUGCAGAGCAGUUCAGCAGAUACUCGGGAUACUCGGACAGCUUCCGCUGGGAAGGAGACGGUGAUGACCAGACGCCGAGGGACGAGUGGCAGCGCAGGUGCACUGAGAUCGUGGCUAUAGACGCCCUGCAUUACAGACAAUUCUUGGAGCAGUUUCACCCUGAAAACAUGAGCAGAGAGCUCAACAAGGCCUUCUGCGGGUUCGUUCGUCCCGGAGUCCAGACGGAGAAUCUGUCGGCCGUCGCGACGGGGAACUGGGGCUGCGGAGCCUUCGGCGGAGACAAGCGUCUCAAAGCUCUGCUGCAGAUGAUGGCGGCUGCGGAGGCGGAGAGAGAUCUGGUGUACUUCACGUUUGGUGACGCAGAUCUGGUCAAAGACGUCCUUCACAUACACAAACUCAUCACAGACACACAUGCCACCGUGGGAUCUGUCUUCAGGCUGUUGCUGCAGUAUUAUGAGUGUGUGUGUAAGAAAACUACAAGAAGCAAACCUCAGGAAACACUUUACGGCUUCCUCUCUAAGCACCUCUGACCUCUGACCCCAGCGGCUCGGACACGCGUGGCUGUCUUCUGUUCUCAGACGUUGCUGUAUGUGCCUCAAUAAAUCUGUUUUAAAUGUC